ACGUCACAGCAAAAUGAAAAUGUUACUGAUCUUUAUUGGACUAUUCUCAACUGUCUGGGCGGCCCAGUGUUGGGUAGGUCCUGUAGGUGAUGAAGCUGUCAUUAGUGCGCAGGACUGUGCAGCGGACGAUGCCGUGUGUUCUUAUCCAAAGUUUGUGUACGGGGGGGAGGGGUAUGGGUAUAAAUGCGGACCGUGCCCAGCAGAUUCAAAGGACCGGGAUUGUCAAGAAUGUGAUAUAAAUGAUGCGACAGAUGCGGGCCCAUGCAACGCAAUUACAAUAGAGUUAGAACACGGGUUCGAGUGUUACGACUACACCUUGUCAAAAGAGGGCAACUGGAUACAGUCUAAAAAAGCGAAACUUUGUAGCGGUGACAAAGACACUGACGUCACAUGCAACAUGCCUAAUUCUGCGGCGGACAAAACGUACAAGGUGCCCAACAUGGGAUGCGGACCUUGUGAAGCUACGACCAUCAAUGACGAUGAAGUAUAUCCGUGCACUUCCUGCAAAAUGGAAAGAUGCAAUAAGAGUUCCGCUUCAACUCUCGAGUUUGUUUUGGCUCCCCUACUGGUAAUCAUCUUCUAUGCGCUGUAAGUGCAGCCCGAUCAAACAGCAUAGGCAUAUUUGAAACGGAUUUUCAUCAUUUAAUUUUAUAGGGCUUUACUUUCAAUUUCGUACCAAUUUCAUGGUCAAACAAUGUUUUUUUUGUUUGUUUCAAAGUUCAGUUAUGUUUUUUCAAACUGCAGCUCUUUUCAAGUUUAAAGUACUAAUAAUUUAAAAAGUAAAAAAUUAUAAUACGUAAAAAUACUUGUCCUUAUAGUUAUACCAUGUA